GGCGCUGCCGCGGAGCGGGGCCGUGCCGAGCCGAGCCGAGCCGAGCCGGGCCGGGCCGGGCGGAGGCAGCAUGCAGGCGCGGCGCCUGGCCAAGCGCUCCAGCAUGGGCAGCCGGCGGCUGAGCUCCUCCGGGCCGGCGGACGGGGCCCGGCCCCCAAGCCCGAGAGCGGCUGGAGGCCGGCCCGGCGGGAGGGCUCGGCCGCGGCGGUGGAGGAGGAGGACGAGGACGAGGACGCGGUGGUGGUGGUGGAGGUGGACGAGGAAGAGGAGGACGAGGAAGGCGGCGGCGGCGCUUUGGGGAGCCCCCCCCGCGGCAAGGGCCCGCUCCGGGCCGGCCCCAAGGCAGCCAGCAUCAAGCGUGAAAUGACCUUCCCUGCAUUUCAACAGGAGGAUGUGAAAAGUGACAUCAGUCAAAAACUGCCAGACCAACAGUUUCUCCUGUUCACCACAAAGGAGGAAGAUUUAAAAACAGCAGAGACCAAAAAACUGAGCAGAGUUCAUGAGUAUGAAAAGGAAAACACUCGUUCUGUUUGUCUUCUUGAACAGAAGCGCAAGGUUGUUUCUUCAAAUAUUGAUGUGCCUCCAGCAAGAAAAUCUUCAGAAGAACUGGACAUGGAUAAAGUAACAGCAGCCAUGGUACUAACCAGUUUAUCCACCAGCCCUUUGGUUCGCAGCCCUCCUGUCCGACCCAAUGAAUCCCUAAAUGGAUCUUGGAAAGAAGGAGGAUUUGUGCCUUCUAGUACCAGCAGCAGUGGAUACUGGAGCUGGAAUGCUCCCAGUGACCAGUCCAACCCAUCCACCCCAUCUCCACCUCUGUCAGCUGACAGCUUCAAAGCUUUUCGAACGCCUUCCCAGCCAGAUGAUGGUAUUGAUGAAGCUGAAACAAGCAACCUUCUCUUUGACGAACCCAUUCCUAGGAAAAGAAAGAACUCGAUGAAGGUGAUGUUCAAAUGCCUGUGGAAAAACUGUGGAAAGGUACUGAGCACAGCUGCAGGGAUUCAGAAACACAUACGGACCGUUCACCUUGGACGUGUAGUAGAGUCUGACUACAGUGAUGGAGAGGAGGAUUUUUACUAUACAGAAAUCAGGCUCAACACGGACUCAGUAGCCGAUGGCUUAAGCAGUCUUUCCCCAGUCUCUCCAUCUUUAGCAUCUCCUCCUUCGUUUCCCACCCAAGAUGCAAUCCGUCCUGAAACUUCCUGUGCCAAAACUGAGACUAAAUUGAUGACACCUCUGAGCCGCUCAGCUCCUACCAACCUCUACCUCGUACACACGGACCACGCUUACCAGGCCACUCCUCCGGUGAACAUUCCAGGGUCAACAAAAUUCACUCCUAAUGGCAGUAGCUUUAGCAUCUCUUGGCAGUCGCCUCCAGUUACCUUCACCGGCAUUCCAGUCUCACCAACUCAUAAUCGUCCUGCAGGGAGUGGAGAGCAGAAACAGUCCCACACAGUUCUUUCAUCACCGCCUAGAGUAGCAUUUGGCUUGAGGAAGCCCAGAGGGGAGGGGAAAAAGUGUCGAAAGGUCUAUGGGAUGGAGAACAGAGAUAUGUGGUGUACUGCCUGCCGGUGGAAGAAGGCCUGCCAAAGGUUCAUCGACUAACGAGUGAAAUUCUGCAGAGGAUUUGGGGAUGGGGGAGGACAACAGCAGGACCAGAUCGCUACAGCUGCACUGUAUCACUUCCCGGUUUCCCUCCAGUGAUGUGGUGUUGGGUUUUUUUGGUUUUCGUUUUGUUUUGUUUUGAUUUUUUUUUUAUUUUUUUUUAAAACGAGAGCUUUGUAUCUCAAAGUGAAGCACUUGUAGCCAAGGAGAAGCACUAAUCAAAACCUGUGUGGAGCAAUAGAGCAAAAAAUAAAUAAAAAGCAAAAACAAGAACAUAUCACAAAAAUCUGUCUUACUAAGUAUCGAAACCAGAGCAGCUAUUAGUGUUUUUCUGUUAAAAAAAAAAAAAAAAGGAAAAAGUUAAUUUUUUGCUAACUCUUUGAGCUACUUGCUCCUUACGAUCAUUUUUAACCAUUUUAGUCUCUUUGCUAUGAACAUGUGUAUUUGCUAAACUGAACAAUUUUUCUUUUCCUGAAAUGAAGAUCUCUUUUUGAAAGCUUUCUAAUAAACACUUCAGAGUCCUAUAAGCUACAGUUCACUCAGCAAAAGCUGUACUAAGCCUGGAGACUGCUAACUAAUUCUCCUGAUACGAAUAAUCAUGAUUAUAUUAUAUUUUUGGAAAGGGGCUAUGGGGAGGAGUUGGGAUUUUUGUUUGUUUGUUUAUAGGAGAAAAACAAAAGCCUGAAUUUUCAAGAAGGACAAGCAGUGCUCCUGGAAGAUUUUUAAACCAGGCACAGACCAGUGGAGUGGAACAAAGUAAUUCAAGUACCAAAUUGGAUUUCGAUCUCUGGAGGAAGAAAAGCAGCGAUGGAAAGUCACCAGCAGAUACCGUCACCACAGAAGUGGAGGGAAGAAAUUCAGUGAUGCUCGAUUGAAACUCAUGAGAAUAUAAUGGGGGUCCAGUAGCUUUUCUUACCGCUCUCCCUCUUCCUAGGGAGGACUGACAGUUGGACCAGCACAUCUGUUGCUGCAAAAAAGCCUGUAGCGAACUGGUGAAUGCAGCCACUAGGAUUACAUAAAAUACCUAUUCAGGGACAUGAUCCAGCCCAGCAGUUCCGCUCUUGCUUCCUUUUCUCAUAUUUGAGAGAUUGUUGUUGAGGUAAUGGUUUGCUCAACGUGUUUUUUUUUUCCACCUAUUAAAGUUGCUAAAAUUUAUUUUGCGCAAAAAAAAUGGCAAAGAAAA